CAGGCGCCAUAAGCUGCCGGCGUUUCUUCUGCAAGCAUCUGUUUCAUAUUUAGAAAAAGGAGACAGACGGUUGUAAACGCUGGGUUAUCUGCUGGCCAAGUUCGCUGACUGCGGAUUCUGAUACCGUGCCAAAGGUUUUUUAAGCUUUUGCUGCGAUGUCAUCGGAGGACGAGAUCAAGGUUGACAAGUGGGAUGGAUCUGCUGUCAAGAACUCGUUGGAUGAUGCAGUUAAGGAGGUGCUGCUCAGCAAGUACAAGUACGGCGAGAGCCACUGGCUGAUGGACUGCCGGCUCUUCAUCUGCACGGUGGCCGUGGGCCUGGCGGGCCUGGCCAUCGUCUGGGACUACCUGCACCCGUUCCCGCUGUCUAGGCCGAUCCUGAUCUUCUGCGUGGUCUCGUACUUCGUGCUGAUGGGCAUUCUGACGCUGUACACUACGUACGUGGAGAAGAACGUGUUCCUGGUGGCCGUACAGAAGGACCCGUCGGGCAUGGACCCCGAUUCCAAGUGGGAAGUUAGCUCCACCAUGAAACGGUUCGACGACAGCUACACACUGUCGAUCCGGUACGUGGAAGGCGCGUCGGCCCGCCAGCGGCAGGCGUCCGUCACGCGCACGGUGGCCGCCUUCUUCGACGAAAACGGCGUGCUGGUGCGCGACUGCCUGCAGCCGGUGGUCACCAAGCUGCACAACAGCCUGCUGGCCGGCAAGAAGGACAAGUAGGCGGGCCGGCGGACGACCCCGGCGGGGACCGGCCGGGCGGACCGGACGGCUGGGCGGACCGGGCGGACCGACGACCGCCGUGGUGCGCCGCUCGGAGCGUUCGAAGCGCGCCACAAGUGUCGCUGUGGUGAUGCUGCUUUGUGCGGCAGCGGCGGGUGUGAGAACGUCGUUUGGUUGCUUCGUGCGGAGGUGCGGGUGUGAGAAUCUAGUUGUGUUGCUUUCUGUCGGUUUUGGGUUUUGUUACGCACCAAUACAACUUUACACGUGGGUGAGUGAGAUCGGUUUAGCGGUUGGUCGCCUGGCGACGUUGUGUCGGUUUGGGUUUCGCUACGUCAUCAAUAUAGCAUUACACGCUGG